AUGAAGUCUUAAUUUGCAAGUCUCCAGAAACGUGCAAAUUCACGUUUGGAUUUCCACAAAAGCCAAGAUAAGAUUGAAGAAGAGUAGGAAAGCAAAGAAAGCAGCUACUAUGAGCAAUCUAUUUAGGAUAGAUACAGAACACAUUAGCCCUAAGUGGUAGCCACAAAUUAAACAAUGACUAAUUGGAAAUAAGUGAUCUGGACUAAUUGGGUGAUGGAUAGGAGAAUUACAAGACUAAUUCCAUUCUCAUCACCUUACGAGAGAUAUACAAAGCGGUCUACCUUUGAUGUGAACUUCUCAAACUCAUCCUCCUCGAGACAAAUCGUGGGUAGAAAAAAUAGUAAAUUUUUUUCUACCUUUUCGCUUGAUGACUUCAAUGGCAAUAAAGUUGUAUAUGAUAAUGUCUCGAUAUAUCGAGAUAUACUUGUUGAAAGGGAAUUAGAGCGACUUAAAACAAUAGAAUCAAGAGAUAAAAUUAAAUACAUAAUUUAUCUUGUUGUUACAAUCACACUUAAUGUAAUGAAUCUUUUUGCUUGCUGCACGUUUAUAAUUGAAGAUUACAUUUCUUACUCAAAUUGUACGGAGUCUGAAGCAGAGAACUAAGGAAAUGACUGUACAAAUGUAGGUUUGGAGGCAAUAGACAAAUUAGAGGUGUCAUUCUCAAUUAUAUUUAUGAUGGAAGUAUUCUAUAACUUUUUGCAAUAAACAAAACCUAAGUACUAAUUUUUCGUUAAAAAAGAUACAAUAGUUGAUUUGCUAACUAUAGUUCCUCCACUUCUAAAUCUAGCAUUAGAAAGCAAAAUAAAAAUAGGAUUUUUGAGAAUGCUCAGGAUGCUUAAAGUUAUGAGAGUAAUUAGAAUUUUUAAAAUGCUUAAAAAAGCAGAGAGUAAAAGCAACGACUCAGGAGGAGGGAAAGAUAAUAAGCGUCCGUCAUUCUCACUAAGUCCUAUCUAAAAUUAGGUCAUCAUUUUGAUGCUUAAUAUUUUCACAACGGUUUUUAUUGCAGCUGGUAUAAUAAUGUUCAUCGACAAUGUCGUACCAUAAAGCUUCUCCUCUAAUAUGAGAUUCGUAGAUGCUAUUUAUUAUAUGAUUAUAACAAGUGGUACAAUCGGUUAUGGAGAUUACUUUCCAAUAAAUACCACAAGUAGAAUGACGAUCAUUAUAAUCAUAGUUAUGAUCAUUUCAGUAUUUGGAAAUUAGAUCUCAGCACUAGCUGCUAUAAUAAAAGAAGCAGAUUUCUAUGAUACUUAAUACAAUCUAAAAGGUCAUAUAAUUGUGCUUGGAACAUAAAAAAUAAGCAUUUUGACAAAAUUUCUUCUUAACUUUUAUAAAUCUCAAAUUAAUAACAAUAAUAUUCCUCAAUGUAUCAUCAUUGGAGAAACUAGGAUUUCCCCAAAAAUGAAGAGAAUUCUGAGUUUCACACUAUUUGAAGAUCGAGUACACUACUUAUCAGUUAAAAAUAUUGAUUAAUAAGCUCUUAAAAAAGGUUGUUUCUACGAUGCAGCUGCAAUCUUUUAUCUAUCUGAUCAGUUUUCGGAUUCACCUGAUUCCUCAGACAAGAAAGCUCUGUUCAUAAAUCAGUUCUUAAUGAAUAAUAAUAUUCGUUGCAAUUUGUAUAUUCAGCUAUGCAUAACGGAACAACCAAGCUUUAUGAGAAUGUAGGCAAUAGAGAUUUCUCUAGAAAAGCAGAAAGAGAUUAGAGCUAGAAUUCUUAAAUUACAUGGUUUAUCAGGGUUCGCAGAAAAUAUUAAUAACGAAUUUUAAAGACAUUAGCUCUAGAAUAUUAUCUCUAUUAAUUUGGUUAAGACAAAGUUUCAGAUACUUGCAUUCUCACUGUUUAACGAAGGCGCCAUCCAGCUUUUUUCAAACUGGUUUCUAAAUGAUCAUGAGUUGCUAGAUGAAAGCCAAUUCAAAUCAAGUAGGUAAAAGGAACAAUUUUCUAGUUUAAUUGAAACCUCAUCUAUUUAUUAAUAAUAGCUGGAUUAUAAGUUGUUUUUGAUAGAUUUCCCUAUUUGUUUUGUCGGAAGGUCUUUUAGAGAGGCAAUGAAAAUUGUAAACAAUAUCAAUCAUUGCUAUUAAGGAAAUUAUAUUGUGAAGUGUAUAUUAAUUGGAAUAAAGAGGGUAUCAGAAUUCCCAAAAUAAACUGUCUACAACUAGCAUGGAAAUGAAACUGAUCAUUAAUUACUAGAUUCUGAGGGAGUUGAGUAAGAAGAGAUGUCAUAAUGGCAUAUAAAUCAAACUUUGCCAAAUUUUAAUUGUGGUAGCAACUAUUAUAUCAUUAAUUCUCCAGAUUCAAACAUAUGCUACAAUGAUCAAGCUAUAAUUCUCUCAUCUUGUGAUGAUGUUAAUAGAUUCUUCAGUGCAAAAAUGGUUGAUCAAAUACUAAGAUACGAGCAUAGAGAUCCUGUAAAAGAAUACUAUGAUAAAAAAAGAAAAAAUCUAAUAAAAGAUAAGCGUAGAAGUAGCAUUAAUCUAAGUCGUAUUUUACCUUAAGGAGAAUCCUCGUAAUUAAAGAGAUCCUAAACUUUUUUGAGUAGCACAAAUAAUUUACAAUAAACAACAAAUUUUGAAAAUUAACCUAGUCAUAGGCUUUUGAUAUCAGAGAGUGACAAGAAUGAUCAUGAAGAAAAUUAUGCAUCAAGAUAAAUAUCUAUAAAGGCUAAUCACUAAAACAACUUGAAUGUAAUAUCAUCUCCUAAACAUAAUUAUUAACAGAGAUCAUCGGUGAAAAAUAACAACAAUGCAACCCCAUAAAAUACAACUCAACACGAAGAGGGAAAUUCUACUUUUGAAAGUAUAUCAGAUGAAUUCGACGAUAAUCUAGAAAAUGAUAGUGAUGAAGACCUAUGCCUAGGUGGUAUAACUUCUAACACUUCUGCUUAAAGAUCCUAGAAACGAAGUUAGGGAGACGAUUUAUUUAAGGUGAUCAAGAAUGCAUCGAAAGUUGCCUUCUAUAAAAAAUUGGAAUAAAACAAGGAGGAAAAAUGUAAUCACUUCAUAAAGCAAAGCUUAAAGCACUAAAUCAGAAAAAUGUUUGACUAUCGAUGCUCAGUAGAUUUUGAUGAUGAUGAAAAUGAAGUAAAACUAUAUGAUUUAUCUACAACAGAUGUAAAAAAAAAGCUUGGAAAUCAUAUCAUUAUUCAUGGUGUCUAAAAAUCAGGAGUUUAGUUUUUUUUUGAGGAAGUAAGAAAAAUGUCUGAGGUACCACUUUGCAUGUAUUCUUAGAGCGAAGAAUUGGAAAUGGAAUUCAAUCGAAUGACAGCAAAGUUUAGUAACAUAUAUUUCUUGAGAGGAGACAUCCUUAAUAUCAGGCAUAUGGAGAAUGCAAAUGUCAAACAGGCUCAAGCAAUCGUUGUAUUGAGUGAAAGAACAGUAGAGUAGCCUUUUGGUGAUUCAAAAUCAAUCAUUAUAACCUAAUUUAUAAAAAGUUUAUACCCUCAGAAAAGAAUAAUAACUGAGAUAUUAGAUAUUUCUAGAUUAGGUUUAUUGGAGUAGUCGAUUAAGGAAGAAAUAAGAAAUGAGAAAAAUUUAUCCUAUUCAUAUUUCCUUUCGAGAGAACUAAUGUCCGGUAGAAUAUUUUUUUCUUAACAAAUUGAUGUUAUGGCAUCAAUGAGAAGUACAGAACCACAUUUAACUACUGUGUUUCUAAAAAUAAUUGGUUAACAAACAGAAAUUUAAAAUUACAAUGAAGAACAAGCAAAAGUUGAUAAAUAGAAAUAAUCUAAAUUAAAGAAAGAAGAUGUCAAUGAAAAAUCAAACCUACUUUCUCUAAGAGUUCCAGAUUUUAUUGACGGCUAAGAUUAUUGGGAAUUUUUCGAGGAUAUGAAUAAUUACAAAGGGUUCAUUUUACUUGGAAUAUAUACCUAGAAUUUUAAUAGUAAAGAGCAAAAUGAAAAUAUUAAGAUCUAUGAAGAACUUAAGGCAUAAUAUGAAAAUGAGAUUCAUAAAUAAAAUAAAUUCUCAGGAAAUAAUGAGACGCAUGGUAGAAGUAAGUCUAAAUUUUUCUAAUCAAAAGCUACAAGAAAGAUCAGCGAAGAGGAGCAAUGGUUCAACAUAGAUCCUUCAGCUAUUAGUAAUAAAUUACCACUGCUUAUCUUAAAUCCUCCAAUGGGCACUAGGCUUUAAGCAGGCGAUACAAUUUUGGCAUUAGGAUAAAUUGAUUAAAGCUUCUUGAGUAGUCAUCUUUAAUAGAAAGGUUAUUAAAAAGUCUAGAAUAAUAAAAAGUGA